CGAGUUGGCAUAAAAAAAUCUGGUCUUCGUGUCGUGUUGUUCAUUCCUUAAUUGCGCGUUGCUUUAAUUUGUGGGUGAGCAAAAUCGGAGCUCGGCGACAUCGCCAGUUGUGCAAUACUCGGUUCCAGCGGUAUCCGUGAAGUCCCCCCCACUUGGAAAACACUCUUUUCGGCCGCACAUACUUGCAGAUACUUCACUUUGUCGUUGCCGAGAUUCUAUUAUAUUCUUGCUCUUAAACGACCACAAUGAAUCGGCAGGCGAAAUUCCUAGUCUUGUGCCUGUUUGUGGGGCUCUUCUCCGCGAAUCUGUGCGAUGAAGCGGUAGUAACCACAGCGGCUCCCAAAGACACAACCACGGUGGACCCCAAAAACACCACCACCAGCGCCCCGCCGCCAGAUACCACCACUCCAUCGACCACACCGGCGACCACCACUACCGAGAAGACCACUACGUCCACGACGCCAGAAACCACGACUCAGUCGACCACAACUACAUCUUCGACCACUGAGAAGACCACUACUUCGCCUACUACUCUGGCCCCCAACACCACCACCACAACCCCAGCAUCCACGACCAGUUCAUCGACCACUCCGUCUCCGAAUUCGACCACCACUACGCAACCGCCACACACAUCGACCACUCCGGCGCCGAAGCCAGUGCCGUGCGGCCACUUCGACGGAUCCUCGUUCAUCGGCGGGAUCGUGCUGACCCUGGGCCUGCUGGCCAUCGGACUGGUGGCCUACAAGUUCUACAAGGCUCGCAACGAGCGCAACUACCACACCCUUUGAGCCGCCACCGCCUUUACGUCGGCCUUCAAUGCGGCAGCCGGAGCGGCGGCGGCCAGCAGCAGUGCCGCAUCAACGGAUGCGGAACGAGUGCGGUUCGUCCAGCCUUCGAUACCGCUAAGGUCGCCGCCGGCGCAGCCACCACCACCGCCACCCAUCCAGGUGGGUGUCAGUGGGGGCGGUGCGGCGGUAGCUCCACAAAACUGCUCGCCAUCAGCCCGGGAUCGGCUACUGCAUACGUAAUUUAAACGCGGGGAACACAACACACACACAAUAUUACCCAAUAUAACUGCUAUCCAAAGAGAUCCCCAGUUCCCAACAACACAUAGAACAGAAAACAGUCAAGUAAAGUCAACGAUAACCCCCAGAGCGGACCCAGAUAGUAGGAGCAGGCUCUUAAUUCUUGAAUACUUUCCUUAUCACUCACAUGACCCAAACACACUCUGGAAAAAACAACCACAAACCACAAAUAUUUGUCUUUUUAUGCAUUGCAUCCAUAUGUAAGGGUACGUAUUUUGCAAACAUCAGUUUAUCAGCGAACUUGAGCGGAUGUUCAACGCCUUAUAGAGGAGCCCGUGGAGCCUGCCACUGGGCAAUUCCAAGGGCGACCGUGAACAGAGAAAUGAGUAAUGUAAUGAGAUCGAAACGAAACGAAUUGAGAGGAGUAAGAACAAAUAACAGCAAAUAUGUGAGACUGCUUGAUAGCGAGAAAGUGAACAGAUCAGAAAAUGGAAAGCGGCUGGCGACGGCUUUGUUUCUGGAAUUCAUGGAGCUACGAAAGGAAAUAUAAAUUUUGAUUAUAUUUACACAAUUUUUGAAUAACUAAAAUCAAUUCUGUCUAGAAACUAAGAAUAUCUACUACCUAAACCGAGCUAUACAAAAUGGAAACGCGUUUCAAUUUCCUCAUUUAA